CCACCCACUCUAUAUUCAUUUAUACAAUAUCUUGUUUCCAAUAUCUAAUUCUAACCCUAUUCUUCUUAAAUCAAUUUUUUUUCUACUCGAUUUUCUUUAAACUCAAAAAUCAAAAGUGUUACUUGUUAGGUGCUUAAGGUGUAUAUGAUUCAAGUCUUUUUGAAGGAGGGAGAGACUGAAAGAGAGUAAAAUUUAUACUUAAAACCUAUCAACACAUUGAUGGAUGAUUAUUUGUCUCCUAGUUUCGAUUUCUUGCCUGAGUCUCCAUUAAUGUCUUGGGGUGAGCUUCUUUUCGAUAACGAUUUGUUUCCAAGUGAAGGAAUUAUGUUGGAUGAGAAUUUUCCUUCACCGGUCAAUGUUUGCGCUGAGGAGGAGGUAAGAGCAAAAUCAUCAGACACCAAUUUGUCUAAUGAGAAAAAGAAAGAAAUCAAAAAGGAAAAACACUACAUAGGGGUUAGGAAGCGGCCUUGGGGAAAGUAUGCAGCGGAGAUACGUGAUUCAACAAGAUAUGGAAUUAGGGUUUGGCUCGGAACAUUUAGUACUGCAGAGGAGGCUGCUUUGGCUUAUGAUCAAGCUGCAUUGGCAAUACGAGGUCACCUGGCUCGCCUCAACUUUCCAAUGGAGAGAGUCCAAAAAUCACUUCUUGACAUGAAUUGCAACUACAAUGGUGGCUGUGGCUAUGGAUGUGGCACGGGUUCCUCCCCGGCUGAAGUGUUGAAAGAGGCACACAAGAUGAGAAAGAAGUUUUCUAGACGAAGUAGAAAAAACAAGAAGGAAGAAAUUAGAAAUCAAGAUGAUGUGGUGGUGUUUGAGGACCUCGGUGCAGAUUUGCUUGAUGAACUCCUUAGAUUAACUGAGAGUGCUACUAGCUAGCUCCACUUAAUGUAGUAUAUGCAUCAUAGAAUCAUACUUUCAUUGCAACAAUUCA